AUGGCCACAAAAAAGCCCGCCUUCGGUGUAUACACGCCGCUAGUGACCUUUUUCAAGGAGGACGAAUCCAUUGAUGUUGACAGCACCCUAGCUCACGCGAAGCGCAUGGCCGAUGGCGGGGUCGCUGGGCUCGUACUUCAGGGAAGCAACGGAGAAGCCCCUCAUCUGGAUCAUGUCGAGCGCAAAUUUCUAGUGCGUGCCGUCCGCGACCACCUCAACCAGCUGGGAUAUACGGGACUACAGUUAAUUGUUGGCUGCGGUGCACCCAGUGUUCGGGAAACACUCUCUUAUAUCUCUGAGGCUAAAGAUUCUGGCGCCGAUUUUGCGCUGGUGUUGCCGCCUGCGUAUUGGGUUGCGGCUAUGAAUCCUGCUGUUAUUGAAAGCUUUUUUAGCGAUGUAGCAACUCACUCCGAGCUCCCCAUCCUGAUAUACAACUUCCCGGGCGUGACAGGCGGCAUUGACAUAAGUUCCGACUCAAUCAUUCGCCUCGCACAGUCCAACGCGAAGAUCAUCGGUUGCAAGCUAACCUGCGGCAACGUCGGCAAGCUCCAACGUGUAUCCUCCACGCUGUCUGCGGACUCCUUUGCCGCUUUUGGGGGGAAGUCUGAUUUCUUCCUUCCCGCGCUUGUGGCAGGAUCGAAUGGAAUUAUUGCCGCUCUCGCUAACAUUGUACCAAAAUUACAUGUUGAGGUCCUACGGCGGUACGAGCAGGGUGACUUGAAGGCUGCUCAGGGACUUCAGUCUAAGCUCAGUCAUGCUGAUGGGGCACUCGUAAAGGUGGGUAUUGCGGGCGUCAAAGCUAUUGUGUCGGAAUAUUUUGGGUAUGGCACGGGUCGGGGGCGAAAGCCAUUGGGAAACAUUUCUAUUUCGAGCUUGAGUCAGGAGGUGAUGUCUCCAAUCCAGGAGGUGGUUGAACUGGAGAGGACAUUGUAG